CCCACCAAGUACACCACCCUCAGGCGCCUGGCCCUAGGGCGAGUCCCACCCCCUCCCUGCCAACACUCCCCUUGGGCGCCUCAUCCCUGGCGAGCCUUCGCUGCUCCUCCCCCACGAAACACACACGCUCCUACCUCUAUGGCCCUUGUAGGCCACUGCAUCCCGAUGUGAGCCCGGAUACUCCUCCUCCCGCUUUGGGUCCCCAGGUCCGGGUGUGAGCCUGGUUUCUAUCACCACUAUAUUUACUUGGCCACUCUGCCACCUAUUCUGUUCAUUUCUCUCCCCAACGUACAAUGUAUUGUCCUGCCUUCUUGCCUGUUUAUGAAUGAAAUUUGGAUCUAAACACAGUGUUCCACAUAAGUGGUUGGUUUGAAAUAAGAAAACCUGGUCUAUUUGGUUCUUUGUUUUCCAUCUCCCAGUCCAGUCGAUAAACAUUAAUUAGGGAACGCUGAUGCCUAAAAUGGUACAGCUCAGAACUCCAGUUUGGAUGAUUUUAGAUGUCAACUGUUCUGAGAAACUAGGUUCCCAGCCCGUGGAGCUCAAAGAGCCAGGGUCCUUGCUCACACUCAAUUUUUGACAUUGACAGGGCAUGCCCCUUAUAACCACUACUGGCUCUUGGCCUUAUUAGCCUGUAUAUUUCUAUUGAGUUCCAUGGAACUGCCGUAACAGGAGUGCUGAACAGUAUAUUGGUAGUUUUCAGAGUAACAGCCGUGUUAGUCUGUAUUCGUAAAAAGAAAAGGAGGACUUGUGGCACCUCAGAGACUAACAAAUUUGUUUGAGCAUAAGCUUUCGUGAGCUACAGCUCACUUCAUCGGAUGCAUUCAGUGGUGUUUGCAGGAAAAGAUGUUUCCCAGAGGCUACUGACCCCAGACUUCCCAAAGACCUAGUUCAGUAGCUACAUGAUAUCACGUCCAGAGAAGCUGAUCAUCAGUACAGACCUGGAAUGGCCAGUCAACAAGCAGAAGUUCAGAGUUUGAAACUAGAUAAUGAUUCGGUUAUAGAAGGAAUAAGUGACCAGGUACUGGUGGCUGUAGCGCUCAGUUUCACUUUCAUUGCUGCUCUGGUGUAUAUGCUUUUAAGAAAUGAGCAUCAGAACAUUCAUCCAGACAACCAAGAACUAGUGAGGGCACUUCGGCAGCAGCUUCAAACAGAACAGGAUGCAUCUGCUGGUAAUAGACAUCGUUUCUAUACUGACAUGUCCUGUCCAGUCUGUUUACAGCAGGCUACAUUUCCCAUUGAAACAAACUGCGGACAUCUUUUCUGUGGUACGUGCAUUAUUGCAUACUGGAGGUAUGGCUCGUGGCUGGGUGCCAUCCGUUGCCCAAUCUGCAGACAAACGGUAACAUUGCUUUUACCACGCUUCAGUGAAGAUCAGCAGGAUGCAGCACAAGUGCUUCAGGAUGUCAAUGAUUACAACCGGAGAUUCUCAGGACAGCCCAGAUCUAUUAUGGAAAGAAUUAUGGAUUUACCCACUUUACUGCGGCAUGCUUUCAGGGAGAUGUUUACUGUAGGGGGCCUUUUCUGGAUGUUCCGUAUCAGAAUAGUCCUCUGCCUGCUAGGAGCUCUGCUCUAUCUGGCUUCACCUCUGGAUUUUCUUCCUGAAGCCCUCUUUGGAAUUCUGGGAUUUUUAGAUGAUUUCUUUGUCAUCUUUCUGCUGCUGAUAUACAUCUCCAUCAUGUACCGAGAAGUAAUAACGCAGAGACUGAAUAGAUAAUGAGUGGAAACAAUCAUGAUACAGAAGUUUGUGUGGAAUGCUGAACAAAGGGAACCAUGACAGUAUGACAUAGUAAAGCACCUGUAUAAACUUUUACUUUUUGCAAUUAAAUAGCUUGUAGUAAAUUACUUUGUGCAAAUGUGAGGGGUUAAACUGUGGUGAUGCUUAACUGGAAUCUUUAAUUUGUGUUACAUAUGCUUAAAUAUUGAAGAGGUUAGAUUUAUGAUGUAAUAAAUUACCUACAUCUGCUUACUCCCAAUGAGCAAUUGUAUGUAAUGCAAGAUAAUGCUAGUUAUAAAACACCUCUUCGUGUGUAGUUUGUGAAAGGGAAGUUCUAUUUAUGUGAUGUCAGGACUUCAAACAAAAAAGAAUUCAGAUUAGCUUGGCGCAUUAUGACACUUCAAUAUAUAGCUUAUCAAACUGCUUAAUGUCUCACUGUGGUGGGUCAAAGUAUUUUUAAAUAACAAUAGUUUUUCAUAUCUGUCUAUGCAAGAAGAAACCCAAAGACAGCAUUACAGGUUGACACAGUGAAUUUUACUGCUGUACACAAUUCAUAUUGCACAAAGAGAAGAAAAAACACUUCAGUGUUGCUUUAACUGCACUAUGUAUAAUAUGUAUUUCCAACAAUUUUACUUUUCAGUUUUGGGGGGAAAAGGCUUUCCAUGAGGGCCAAGAUGAAGAAACCACGAAUAGUCAACACUUUGGUGACUGGCACUGAUUAAUCUUUUUUCACAUAGGUUUUGUGUACAUUAGCAGUACAGUAUUUGAACAUCGGGUAAGUUGCACUGUUGUAAGCCCUACUUUAUAUCCCCCUGCAACACAUUUAAACUGGGGGUUUGCAUCCAUGCAGCUACAUCAAAGUAAUUUACCACUGCAAAAAAACCUGUAGGUUUUUAGUAGCAAUUUGUUUGAAAGUGGGAAUCCAAAGUGUAUGUCAUAACAAGAUAGUUUUUACACUUAAAAUUUCACCUGAAUAUGGAUGGUAAUUAAUAAAGUAAUUAAAGUAUUUAGGUGAAUCCAGUAACUUUAUUCUUUCUCACAAGUUUGUAUCAAUAAGUUAAAAAAACAAAACAAAAACAAAACAGUAACUUGGGGCCAUAGAAAUCUGCUGAAAAAUUAAAAAUCUGUAAGAUUUUUUUUUUUACCCCAAAUGUUUGGAAUUUGUGGGUAGUUUUAACACCAGAUAGCACAAGCUACAAGGAGAAUGAUUUGAAAAUAUUUUCAUUUUAUGAAAUCAGUGCUGCUAGGAAACUCAAAAUCCACAAGCCAUUCUGUGGGAAUUCAGUACUUCCUAGCUGGAGGAAAGAAAUAUUUUUGAAGCAAAAUAGCAAACAUUCUAACUUUCUGAAUACUUGAAAAUAAAAUUAAUAGACUAAGCAAUCCUUUGUAUGGUUACAUAAUGUGGGUUGGGACAUAUUUUGAGACGGCCUCCAUUAAUAUCGCCUCCAUUUUCUGAUCAUGCAAAUAUAUGUGCAUACAAGUUUCAGUGCUUAUACACAUAUAGGAAGAUGAUGGUAUUUUUUCAUUGAAUGCUUUUGGUUAAUGGGUAUUGCAGAGUCUGUCAGUUUUGUGUUGUUGUAUCAGUGCUUAAAGUGCACAUCACUGGUUUUGCCUUUAUAAAUAUAAGACGGGGUGGUUGUUGGGUUUUUUUGGUUUUGUUUUUGUUUUUGAAAAUUUGCCCUUGAAUAUCCAAAGUCAUGUUAUGAUUUAAGUGGAUUGUUGAACCUUUCUUCACACGUAUCUUCUAUUUGAGAUGGGUGAAAAGAGAAAAUGGAGGAGAUAAAAACAAAAAAAUUAAAAAAGAAAAAGACAUGGCAAUAAGUGUAUGCUAUUGGCUUUGGCUGCCUUUAGUGUUCUUUAGCACCUCAGCUUUUCCCUUACUUUUGUCAACACUAGUGUACGAUGACAACUUGUUGGCUACCUCAGUUAAAUGUCAACAUGCUGAUACUAUGUGAAUCUUGCUUGAUAUUCAAGGAACUUAAAUCCUGCCUGAUAUAUGCACAUUUAAGAUGACAAAGUAAGGUAUUAUGGAGAGUCAGGUGCACAGAUCUGCGCAUUGCUGCUGUAGGCAGAGCUCUCCAAGAGGUCCCACCUGCUCCUUUAGAUGGUGGCAAUAUUGAAAAGAUGAUUAUAGGACUGAUAAACUUAUCCUCGUACGUCUUUUGGGGCUUGGCCAUCAUGAGUCCUAUGGUCACAAAUAGCUUCCUCUUUACUUCCCAAGAGAACGGUACAAACUGGUCAUUUUGGUAAGGGGAGUCCUUUCCUAAACUUGAUAUCCCAUUUAUCUGUUUCUUCCACAGAUGUGUUCACAUUUUUGCCCUUGCCGCUCUUUACACCUGGAAUGACCUCCCUCCUCUGAUCAACAAGGCACUCCCUGAAUCUCCUCAUUCAAAGCCCUCCUUAAACCCACUUCUGCCAUGAUGCCUAUGCAAAAUUAGCCAACCUGAGGAGUCUGUUCAUAAACACUCUCUUUAGUAUGUGAGCUCAUGCACAAGCUGUCGCUGAGUAAGUGCAUAAUCUUACUGAUGUUACUGUUUCCUCCCCUCCCCCUUCCUUUCUGUCUUGCCAGGCCAUGCCUAAUUUUAAGCUCUCAGGGUCCAAGGGUCCUGUCAUCUUUCUGAGUAAGAGGCACUCAGCUCACCUUUGGGUGCCGAUAACAACAAUACAGGCUUUGGUUCAGCAAAGCACUUAAGGAUGUGUGUGUAAGUGCUUGGCUGAAUUGGGGCUGCCUAUCCUACCUGUAAAAACUAGGCCAAUUGAUGAUAUUCUAAACCUAUCAUGUGUUUUAGCAGGGACAUUUUAAAUAUGUAGUAUGACAGUUUUCAGUGCUCUGUAUGGUUAAGGAGGCGAGUGCUGUGCUCAACUCGGUUAUUCAGGAGCAGAAGAUGCGGCCAAUAUGCUGAAUUUGUUCAUUUACUUUGCAUCCAUGCAUUCCUGCAUAGAUAUCUUCCUUGUCCAGGAGAAAAUUCUUCACCAAACCACCGAUUAUCAGUAUUUAUGGAAGGAAUGACUGGAUCAUGCUGCCCUUAUUUCAGAUUAUUCUGUUGUUGUGUGGCAAUGUGUGUAUAUAGAAGCAUAAGUAUUUUUCAUGCACUCAGCGCUGCGGUAUCUGAGCACCUAUAUGGAUGCUUCUGUAAUUCUUCACAGUAAACGUAAAUUGCACUUACAAAACAAUGCUCAACAAUCCUCCUCUUUUGACUAGAUGCAAACCUGUGUUCCACUUAGGUGUGCAUGCCCAGUGCACCAGAACCAGAGACUUUUGCCUAGCAGUCCCAGUAGAGGGGCGGCGCUUGUGGCAAUGGCCCCUCCCCUGGCGAUAUAAGGUGGCGCCAGCCUGAGCCCCCUCAGUUCCUUCUCACCGCCGGUUGCUGGAGUCUUUGCUCCACUCCCUCUGUCUCUCCGUACCUUUAGGGGUAGGCUGGUCCACUUUUACAAUGCUUGGGACUCAAUUGCCUACUAUCAGAUUGGGCUACACAAUCCAGUUCCCCUCCAUGCCCUGUUCUCACCUCCUUUCCCUGUCCCUCCUCGGGCAGCCAUCUCACAAGACAUUGCUCUCCAUGCUGGUCAGUUCUUAAUGGUGGAGGAAGUUCCACAAGAACACUGAGGCCAUGGCUUUGACUCCUGGUACCUCCUGAUUCCGAAAUCCCAGGGCAGGAUGAGACCCAUUCUCGACCUUUGUGGCCUCAACAAAUUCAUCAAGUACAUGAGAUUCUGCAUUGUCACUCUAUCUGCAAUCCUCCCCGCGCUGUCUCAGAAUGACUGGUUCACUUCUCUGGACCUUCAGGACGCUUGCUGGGCCACAGGAAAUUUCUGCAUUUUGUGAUAGGAGAAUGCCACUUUCAGUAUAUGGUUCUCCUGUUCAGCCUCUCUUCUGCCCACUGAUCUUACCAAAUGUAUGGCGAUGGUCUUGGCAUAUCUCAGGAAGAAGGGAAUCCACACCUUCCUGUACCCCGAUGACUGGUUGCUGAAGGGUGGCUCCGGAGAGGAAGUUCUUGAUCACAUCGACAUAUCAUUGCAUUUGCUCGACCAUCUGGGACUCAUUUUAAAUACUGCAAAGUCAACCUUGGCUCCCACUCCGAAAACCAAGGCCCAGUUAGAUUCCAUGAGGUUGAGGGCAUUCCCGAUGACCGACUUCGAGGCAGAUGUGCCUCAGUCUGCAAUCUCAGCCCUCCAUGACAGUCUGCGUGUGCCUGAGCCUUUUGGGCCUCAUGUCCGCUUGCACGCAGGUGAUCCACUUCGCUAGGUUGCGCCUUUUCCCUCUUCAAAUGUGGUUCAGAACAGCGUACCACCCUGAAUUCUCUGGACAGGUUGGUUCGCCUUUCUUCACCAGUCCUAGAUUCCUUGUGUUAGUGGGAGUCCCCACACUGUGUGUGCCAAGGAAUCCUCUUCACCCAGCCCUCUCCGACCAAGUCAGUGGUUACUGACACUUCCCUUCUGGGUUGGAAUACACAUCUGGACUUGUUGAGGGUGCAGGGCCUGUGGUUGGAACAGGAAGCCUCACUCCAUAUCAAUGUGUUGGAACUUCAGGCCAUCCUGUCAUGCUUUCCAAGACUGCAUCCAGGCACUCAGUGUUUCACAUACUCACUGACAAUACCACCACGAUGUACUAUGUGAACAAGCAAGGAGGGGUGCAUUCUAGGUUAUUCUGCCUGGAGGUGAUCAACCUAUGGCAAUUUUGUAUCAAAGAAGACAUCACCCCAUAGCCGCCCGUGUACUGGGCGUGCAAAAUCGUCUCACAGACCAUCUCAGCAGAGUUUUCUCCCGGAGCCACAAGUGGUCCCUGAAGGGGAGUGUUCUCUGGGUUGUCUUUGCAACUUGGGGCAUCCCUGCAAUUAACCUGUCUGCGAUGAGGGAGAACGGGAAAUGUCAACUAUUCUGCUCUUGAGAUGACGCCCCCUCUCCAACACCUUCCACUACACCUGGUGGUCAACUCUUCUGUAUGUCUGUCUACCUAUUCCGGUCAUACCACGAGUCAUCCUCAAGCUCAAAGCGGAUCGAGCCAAGUUCAUCCUUGUUACUCCUGCGAAACAGUGCUGGUUCUCCUUGCUCUGUCAAUUCAACCUCCCAUUUCACUUCCUCUCCAUCCCAACCUGCUCAUGCAGAGCCACAACCAAACCCUCCAUCCUGCAAUCAGUUCCCUGCAUGGCUAAAUGAAGAGGAAAGAGUGGUGCUCAGAGGCCGUCCAACGAGUCUUACUCCACAGUAAGAAGUCCUCCACUAGGAUGAUCUGCUUGGCAAAAUGGAAGAGGUUCUCGAUCUGAUCCUUGGCCCACGGGACCCAACCAACAGAGACUUCCAUCCAGGAUAUCUUGGAGUACCUGCAACAUCUUCAGAAAUCGGGCCUUGUGCUCAGUUCACUGAGAGUGCAUUUGGCAGCAAUAUCAGCAUUCCAUCCCCUGAUUCAAGGGAAGUCAGUUUUUCCCAGUGCCUUGGUGAUGAGAUUUCUGAAGGGGUAUCUCCCCUUACAUCCUCCGGUCUGAGAACUGGUUCCCUUGUGGGACCUAAACACGGUUCUGACAGCUCUGAAGGGCCCUCCAUUUGAGCCCCUUGUGUCCUAUGUGCUGCCUCUCCUGUCUCGGAAAACAGCGUUCCUGAUAGCCAUCACUUCAGCAAGAAGGGUGUGUGAGUUGCAGGCCCUAAUGGCUGAGCUGCCUUACACUGAGUUCUCCAAAGACAAGGUAACACUGUGACCACACCCAAAGUUUUUAUUCAAGGUGAUCUCUCUGGUUUAUCUAAAUCAGGCGGUGUAUUUACCUGUUUUUUCCCUAAACCGCACUCUUCCCUGGAAGAACAGUGCCUCCACUCUCUGGAUGUCUGGCAAUGUCUAGCCUUUUUCUAAACAAGACUAAACCUUUUGCAUGCUUCGCCUCACCUGUUCAGGUCCUAUGGGCCGCAUGAAGGGGCAAUAGUCUCGGCACAGACCAUCUCUAGAUGGGCAAUACCGUGUGUCACGACUGCUUAUGAGAUAGCUUGGGUUACACCUCCCCAGCAGAUACGGGCUCACUCCACAAGAGCUCAACUGACUUCAGUAGUGUUCCUCAGGGACAUUUCCAUACUGGAUAUUUUCAGGGCAGCCACGUGGUCAUCCAUACCUACGUUUAGGGACCAUUGUGCUCUUAUCGCAUAUUCCGGGGUGGAUGCAGGCCUUGGGAAGAUGGUCCUGCAGUCCGUAUUGCAGUAGACUCUGAGCCCCAUCUCCAGAUUGGGGUACUGCUCGUGAGUCACCUCCAUGGAAUACACACGACUUGAAGAAGAAAUGGUUACUGACUGUAACUGUGGUUCCUUGAGAUGUGAUGCAGACAUGUAUUUCACAGCUCACCCUCCCUCAGCAUCAGAGUCUCCUCUCAGGGGCUUUCAGUGCAAAGGAACUGAGGGGGGUCAAGGCGCCGUCACCUCAUAUAACCAGGGGAGGGGCCACAGCCAUGAACCACAAGCACCACCUCUCUACAGGCAAUGCUAGGCAAGUCUCCGGUUCCAACACACUGGGCACGCACCCCUAAGUGGAAUACUUGUCUACAUCUCAUCUCGAGAUGUAGCUUUAUUCAGAACCACCAGUAGCCCAUCAGUAGAUGGGAGUCUUUUUGUGAAGGACCCCAGCAUGAACAGAGCCCUCACCCUCAAAGAAAGGGAUGCACUGUUAGCAUUAUUCGUAGGGAUUUUUCUCCCAAAGAGUCCUGAGCCCAUGUAGCCUAGAUAAAAAUUUGAAAGACUGACAGCAGCAAAGCGCCAAUGGAAAAAAUGACAAGCCCUGAAAGAUUUUCAUAGCUUUCCAAUAAGCCAUGAACUUUAACAAGGGCGAACAGCCAAAACAAUAUGUCUUAGCUCCCAUAAAAUAUCCUGCAGCACCCUUAGGCCUCACAGUGACCCUUAUCAGAAGUACUGUAUAGAAUUGCCUGUUGCCAAGUUGGUUGUGACUUGCAGCAUUGAUGUCAUUGGUAACAAGGGACGGGGCUAGAAGUUGAGAUAAGAAUAUUGCCAAAGGUCUCCCAACAGCUGUUUGGGGCUAGGGUCUGCAUGCUACACAAGAUAAAAGCCUCUAAAGCAAAAACAAUUCUAAGCUGUCUGUUUUUUACUGAUAAUAAAUCACUGUUAAAACAA